CACUUCACUUUAUAUUUUAUCUGUGAUCUCGUGUUAGAGUCCAGAAUAGCUUUAGCUUAAGAGUUGUUGUUAGAAGUAAGAUGAUGAAAUAAAUAUUGAGAAAAUGUAGCCGGCAAAUUUAUUCGUUUUAAAUAGUUAUUUUCGGAGUAUAAAUGGCCAAAACUUUAACAGGUUAUGGGCCCAGAAAUGCGCGUUGGUAUUGUGUCGAUUUUUAAGUGUAAAUUGUAAAUUGUAAAGUAAAGUGUUGGUGAAAGAUUCAGAUACGAUGAAUGGUGAUAAUGGAAGAUCGUUUAAGCAGUUCGAUGGAACGAAUUAUCCUAACUGGAGGAUACGGGUAAUGGCGUUACUAGAUUACCAUGAAGUGAAAGAUAUAGCGAUUUCGAGAGUACCAGAGAAUCCUAAUUCAAGAUGGAAAAAGAAAAACAAACGGUGCAGAUAUCUGAUUAUGCAGAAUAUAGCUGAUUCCCAUCUUUACCACUGUGUUAAUCGUGAGUACGCGGCAGACAUAAUAACAGAAUUGGAUGAUAACUACAGCCAGAGAGAUCUUCAAUCCCUGAUGAUUGCAGAAAGAAAAAUGGGAGCCUUAAAAAUUGGAGAAAACGUCAUGGAUAUCGAGAAGCAUAUUGUGAAAUUUAAAACGAUACUAAGAGAAUUGGAUGAUGCUGGUGCGGACCUAACCGAAGCAAAAAAGAUAAGCUGCUUUUUGCUAACUCUAGACCAGGUGAAAGAAUACGAUACACAGGUUCAAAUUGUUGAAGCGAAGAAAGAUCCUGACUUGAAGUUAAGUGAUGUUAUCAGUCAAAUAUCAACGUAUGGUAAAAGUUUGAAGAAACCUGAUGAAAGUUCAACUAAAGUUUCAACUUCGGCUCCGGUGAUGCAAGUUAAUCGAGGUAAUCCUGGGGUUAAUAAUAAUAACGUGAAUAAUAAUUCGAAAAGUAGUGAUCCGCGUAAAUGUUUCUUUUGUGGGAGAAAUGGCCAUGUGGCAAAGUUUUGUUCGAGAAAGUUACAAAAUAAUAAUGGUAAUUAUAAUAAUCGUGGUAAUUUUAAUCCGAAUCGUGGUAACUUUAAUCCUGCUCGUGGCAAUUUUAAUAAUAAUCGUGGCGGUAAUAAUUAUAAUCGAGGAAAUUAUAAUAAUUCGAAUGGUUUUAAUCGUGGUGGGCAUAAUGGUGGUAAUUACGGUAAUUAUCGUGGUAAUUCUCAGUUUGGUAACUCUUAUGAUAAUAAUGCCAGAUUUAAUAAUAAUUCUCGUUCUGUUUGUUAUCGUUGUAAUCAAGAAGGGCAUAUUGCCAAGUUUUGUAAUAAUAAUGAUAGUGGUAAUAAUAGACAGGCUAAUAUGACCGAUAAUGUUACAUUCUUUGUAGAGAAGCAUCUGUAUGCAGUCUAAUUUUUGCGGGAAUCCGUAAAAUGUCAUACGCGUACGCAUACGUAUACGCGAGUGGGGGG